GUUUUAGUUAUUUUAGUGCCUCAAGUGAAACUAAAUGAAAAUGAGAAAUAUUGUCCUGGCAACUAGCUGAAAUAAAAUGUUUGUAUUUUUUUUUUUUUUUUUUUUUUCAGUUAACAUUCAUUUUAUUUCAAGUAAUGAAAAUGAUUUUUAUGGUUUUAGUUUUAGUUUGGUUUCAACAAAAUAAAUUCGUUGUUGAUUAAAAACAACAAAUAUGACAUUUGAUAUACUGAUUCUGUUAAUCAAAUGCUUGCACACAAGCACCUCAAAUGCAUUCUGGGAAUUUUUGUAUAUUCAGCAAACAUCACAACCAUUUUCACUGACAUCUUAGAAUUGCAUAAAAAUGAUUCAAGUCACUCAAAUCACACCGAUUUUGUGUGCAAAGCAUCCUGGGUAGGACAUAAGAAUCAUGUAUAACUAAUGUAUAACAGACUAAAAAUCCGUUUGUCACGUUCUCCGCGAACCCUUUCAAACAGAGUAUCCGUUUGCCCUCUUGAUUUUCGCCAACAGUAGCACUUCUUGCGUUAUUUUUCUCUUGGUUUAUUUGCGAAAGCCUCCAUCCUGCUGUCUGACACCUCGACGGCGACUCUUAUCUGGAGGUACUUUGGCACAUCUCUCUCUUUAAACAAACAUGAGCGGAUUCAUCCAGAACGGGUAAUGGACUGACACUAAUGGAUUUGAAUGUGCACAUACGUGUGUGUGUGGGCUGCCGAGACGGGCCGGCCCACCUGGAUCAACUAUAUAAGAAGUUUGAGAAGAGGCCAUGAAACCAACAGCAGAAGAGCCAGGAGAAGAUCUGUACUUGAGGAGCAAACGCACUCAUCUCAUCCAUCCAUACUUCCAUCCAUCGGGCGUGUGUUCGAACUCUAAAGAAGCUGUCAAAAUGAAAGGUGUCCAAUAUCUCGCUGGUCUUCUUCUGCUCCUCUUCGUUCAAAACUGCUUGUGCGUCCCACUGCAAGAUGACAACACAAGCACAGAGACAGCAGAAAGUCUUCUGCCGAGGGGUCAGGGCUUCACCACCGUCAAGAGGCAUUCUGAGGGGACCUUCUCCAACGACUACAGCAAAUACCUGGAGACCAGGAGGGCACAAGACUUCGUUCAGUGGCUCAUGAACUCAAAGAGAAAUGGUGGUCCGUCCAAACGUCACGCUGAGGGAACCUACACCAGCGACAUCAGCUCUUACCUGCAAGACCAAGCAGCCCAGAACUUUGUGGCCUGGCUGAAAUCUGGACAGCCCAAGCAAGAUGUUGGGGCCAACAGAAGCGCAAAUUUGGGCCGCAGGCGGCAUGUAGACGGCAGUUUCACCAGUGAUGUCAACAAGGUCUUGGACAGCAUCGCUGCCAAGGAGUAUUUACAAUGGGUGAUGAACUCUAAGGCAUCAGGGUCAAGUGGCAAACGUGGCGGGAAUCAAUGAAGAACCGGUGGGCUUCCCUGCGAGAGCUUAAAUUUGGAUCCUGAAGGGGAUUCGAUCAUCAAAAUGAAUGAAAGCCAUUUCUUCUAAAGGCAAAACAGAUACAACUCUUGAAAUCAAAAGCCAUAUUAAUGUUUUAUUUUAUUUUUUAACUUUGAGCACUGUGGUUAUUAUUUAUUUUCCCUAGUGUUAAAGAACAUCAUGUAAGUUAUAACAAACAAAAUGAAAUAUUUUUCUAUAGUUUUGAACUAUUUUCUAUGUGUGCGAUAAAAACAAACUCAGGUGAAUGCACUAAACACUCAGGUAAAAAGUGACAAUUUACGUGUGCCACCACUGUAUCAAAGUGCCAUGGAAAAUGGUGUCUUGCUCUGCAAAAUAAACAUUUUCAUAUUCC